AGGGAGAGUAGGGAGAAGGAGAGAGAGAGAGAUUGAAACAAGUUCCUGAGACAGACAGAGAGAGAGAGAGAGAGAGAGUUUGGGAGGCUGUUGAAGGAAGGGGGUAUUCACUGGGGAGUGUCUUGCUGGAGUUAACAGAGAGAGAGGGAGAGGGAGGGGGGGAAAGAGAUUGGGGAAAAAAAAGCAGGUUCCCCCCACGAGCUGGCACCACGCCAUUGCUGACAGUGCAGGGAAUUUCUUGUAGUCAGUUUCAUUAAAAAGCCACUGGGAUCCUGCGAACCUCGACUGAGCCCAAGUGUGGGGAAUUCACAGCGUCCUGGCUGUGUGUGUGUGUGAGAGAGAGAGAGUGGAGGGUCCGGGACCACACUCUGUUUCCAGCUGGAUUCACUGCUUACCGUGUGGAUUAUAGACUUCACCGGCAACAUGCUGAGCUCUGGAGGGAUCUACGCCGUUAAAAAGAGGAAGAAACCCGUGCAGAAGAGUCCCAAGUCACCUCCUGUCGACGGCGUCAAGUCCAAUCCGUCCAAAAGGCACCGGGAUCGUUUGAACUGUGAGCUGGACAAACUGACCAGUCUGCUGCCCUUCAGCGAGGAUAUCCGUGCCCGGCUGGACAAACUGUCCGUGCUGCGACUGAGCGUGGGCUACCUGAAAGCAAAGAGCUUCUUCAAUGCGAGCAUGAAGACAAACAAGGCUGGCUGGUCGACAGACAAGAUGGCACACUUCCCAGGGAACAGACAGCAGAACGGUCAGCCCCUGCUUUCUGAGGGAGACCUAUUGCUCGAGGCUCUGAAUGGCUUUAUUCUAGUCAUCACUGCUGAAGGAUUUGUCUUCUACGCGUCUCCCACCAUCCAGGAUUACCUUGGCUUUCACCAGUCGGAUGUGGUACACCAGAGUGUGUUUGAGCUGAUCCACACUGACGACCGGGCAAUGUUUCGACGUCAGCUGCAUUGGGCCCUGAGCCCACCUGCGUGCCAGGAAUCCAACCCCCGAGUGGACAGUGUUCCGGAGAACAGUAGCCUUUGCUCCUAUAUCGUCAAUUACAAUCCCCACGACUUACCACCUGAGAAUUCCUCCUUCAUGAAGAGGAACUUUAUCUGCAGGUUCCGUUGUCUUUUGGACAAUUCCUCUGGGUUCCUGACGCUGAGCUUUCAGGGGCGGCUGAAGUUCUUACACGGGCAGAAUAAGAAAGCAGAGGAUGGCGCCCCCAUCCCCCCUCAGCUGGCCCUGUUCGCCGUGGCAACCCCUCUCCAGCCUCCGUCCAUCCUGGAAGUGCGGACCAAGACGCUGAUAUUCCAGACCAAGCACAAAUUGGACUUCACGCCGCUGGCAUGUGACACCAAGGCCAAGUUUGUUCUGGGUUACACAGAAAUGGAGCUGUGCAUGCGAGGUACAGGCUACCAGUUCAUCCAUGCUGCUGAUAUGACCUACUGUGCUGAUAAUCAUGUGAGAAUGAUUAAAACUGGAGAGAGUGGAAUGACUGUGUUCAGACUGCUGACCAAGCAAAACAGUUGGGUUUGGGUUCAGGCGAAUGCUCGGCUGGUUUACAAAGGUGGUCGACCCGACUCCAUCAUCAGCAAGCAAAGACCCUUGACGAAUGAAGAAGGGGAGGAACACUUUCGGAAAAGGUCCAUGCAGUUGCCGUUCAAUUUUGCCACAGGAGAGGCAGUUCUAUACGACGCCAAUGCAUUGCUUUUGGGGCAUCUGGAUUCAUGCCGGGCUAAAGGAGCGGGUGGCAAGAAGGUCUCCACAGGGGCAAAUGGCACCGACCGUAAAAACGGGAUCAACCCUGGUUCGAUUCUGGGCGCCAUGAUGGUUCAGAACCCGUCGGUGUAUGCUUCGCACAGCGAAUCAAAGUUUAGCAUUGACGAUGUCUUUGCCAGCGACUUUGCCGUUUUAAACGUGCCCGGCGAUUUCUGGCAGCAAGCCAAUAGUGGAAAAAACUCUUCGGAACAGGGGGAGAUGAACCUUGAUCAGGACGAUCCACUUUCCACCAUAAUGGAUAUUCUGUCUCAGAAGAGCACUGAUGAAAAUGACCUCUGCAACACUCUGGGAAACCUGGACGUAGACGUGGAGAACAAAGAGUUGGAGCAAUGGGAGGAGACUUUAAUGAAAAUGGACAACACUGCGAUCCCAGAUGAUUUCAAUGAUAUCCUCGCCUCCGAUUUUAUAUUGUCGUGCGUUGAGGACAUGCUGACAAAAGAGAGUUCGAAAGCGAAUCAAUUCCCAGAGGACAGCUUCGACCCAAUGCAAGUAAACUUAAUGGGGACCAGCCAACAAAACCCAUUUGGGUUUGACACCCAGAACUCGGCAAUGCCUGGCUGUCAAAAUCCAGUGCCACUUGGCUACCAGGAUUCAAUGGUGCCUAAUCCCCAGACCCCAAUGAUACCUUGCCCCCAGACCCCAAUGGUGCCUAAUCCCCAGACCCCAAUGAUACCUUGCCCCCAGACCCCAAUGGUGCCUAAUCCCCAGACCCCAAUGAUACCUUGCCCCCAGACCCCAAUGAUGCCUGGCCCCCAGACCCCAAUGAUACCUGGCCCCCAGACCCCAAUGAUGCCUGGCCCCCAGACCCCAAUGAUGCCUGGCCCCCAGACCCCAAUGAUGCCUGGCCCCCAGACCCCAAUGAUACCUGGCCCCCAGACCCCAAUGAUGCCUGGCCCCCAGACCCCAAUGAUGCCUGGCCCCCAGACCCCAAUGAUGCCUGGCCCCCAGACCCCAAUGAUACCUUGCCCCCAGACCCCAAUGAUGCCUGGCCCCCAGAGCCCAAUGAUGCCUUGCCCCCAGAGCCCUAUGGUGCCUACAGCACAGAAUCCGAUGCUGCUUGCCCCCCAACACCCAGCAGUCUCUGGGUCACAGGACGCAAUGCCAUUUGGACUCCAAAAUUCAAGCCUGAAUGAAAUGCAACCUGGGGUCCAGAACGCGCUGGGACCUUCCUUGCAGAAUCCCCUCGCAAUGAGCGUACGUAGCCGUCCUAACCCACAGAGUUUCCUUUCGCAUAGCCCCCAAAAACAAAUCACCUGUACCCCGGAGAGGAUGAGCUGCACAGAGCAAGUCAACAUGGAGAAGGUGCCAGCCCUGCGGUCGCUAAAGAGGAACCUGCAGCAAUCCACGCUGCAAAGACCCCGGUACUCGGAGUUAUCGGGGCAGCUGAAGGUUCAGCCUUUGAGUGACCCACUGCAGCAGGUGCCACAGUGGCCGCUGCCAAUGCAGAACGGGCAGCAGGAUCCCGCCCAGCCAUACCAAGCGCAAGAUUGCUUGAGCCACCAAGCGCCGGAGUCGUCUUGCAGGUUGACGCAAGCCUCACAAGACAGGGUUUCCACAGCUUGUUACCUGGACCAAAGCAACAGUGACCAGCUCCCGUACAGCUGCAAUGUGGCAGCCCAGCAGCGGACCACAGUGAGCCAAUUCCUGAUGGGGUUGCCCCCCAGCACUGCCAGCAGCUGCAUGUUUGCGUCCUGUCAAUACCAGGACCACGGCGAAUCUCUCGUCAGAACCGGACUGUCGUUCGUCGAUAGCAGCCCCCUCACUCCUCCGCCCCCCUACAGUAAACUUAAAGUAUCUCCCAAUCACAGCCCCUUACAGGCAACCAGUUACUACGAGAAGGACCCUGUCAGUUCUGUGAUAGGUUCCUCAGCUGUCCCCAAUGGAGAACUGAACACUUACAACACCUCAUGUCAAUUCGAGCCAAAUUUCUCACCCCUACCGAUUACUGAGAAUUCCGCCUGUCAAAUUCCAACAGGUCAGGCACCUUGGAAUUAGGACAUUUGACUCAAGGGAGAAGCUUCAAGCUGAGGAAGUGGAACACUGGGCACCCUCCUGCUUUGUUUGCUGAGAGCACUGGGCUGGUCAACUCUUGUGACUUGUUUGGACCGGGGAAGGCCGAACCUAAACCUUUGACAGUGUUUAGUGUAUAGUGCUGAAGCCCCAACAGACAAGCGUUCGACCCAAGUCGCACGUUCAUUGUAACCUCAUGCUAUCAUAUCUCAAGUAUCAUGGUGUCGCCAACUACAGUUCCUUGGUGAUCGAUUUUCUAUUGCUCUGUAAAAAGAUAUUAACUUUUAUAUUUUUGUAUAAAAAAUGCAGCGUGUUUUUUUUUUGAGUUGACGUUUCUGAUAUAAUCAUGAGCCAUUUUUCUUAGUGGCGAUCACAGUUUUUAAGCACACUGCACACCAUUGUGGCUGCUCUGUGCGUUGGAAGCCUUAUGAUGAAGGAGAUCAUUCCCAAGGAGCUGCCUUCUACUGAGGAUUUCAUUUUAACCAAUUGCUAAGUAUUAAUUGAAAGACAGAGACAUUCACCGUGGAGCAUGGGCACCCAGAGACUGAGGUGCAAUGGCCAGAGAGGAAUAUUACAGCUUGUUUGUACACCAACAGGAGCUGUCCAUCGGAUAAGUGACUCACUUGGUGUUUCACUCUGAAUCUUCUGAAGUUGGGACAUAAUUCUUUUUUUAAAGAAAAAUGUUUAAAAAAAACAUUUCAACUUUUUGAGCUAUUUACGUAUUAAAUCAAUACUUUACAAAAAAGAUUUGUGUAUAACGCAGCAUAUGAAAAAGUGUUUCGAUAUUAUAAAUGUCACAAUACAGAACCUAUUUGUUAUUCUGCUGAGCAGCUGCAUCACCCUUGGCCCUUUGCAGCUCUUGUAUGUUAGCACUCAAUAUAUUGGUGCCUUUCACUUAAAUGUCAUGUAGUUUUAUUAUGUGUCUAAACACAGUUGGCUGUCGAUAAAUUGUAUUUUUUUUUGCUUAAAA